AUGCCCGCUAAGGAGUGGACGACGAGCGCAGAGAAGUUGUGGUUGCAGGACCGUGUCCGCAACGAAUAUUUACAGCUAACUGACCAGGCACGCACCGAGUGGUGCAGAAAGGUUGUCAGUGACUUUAUAGAGACCUUUCCUAAAGAAAAGCGCGAGCUCAACGGGGUCCUGGAGAGCGACGCAGAGGUCGACGAGCGAUGGGACAUGGUCUCGAAUAGGGUCAAGAAAUGGAUCAAGAACCACCGCAAGCGCCUUGCCUACGAUCUCCCAUCUCCGGGCCCCCAUCGGCAGGCCAAUGGAAUCCGCAAGGCCCCGCGACGCACGAGGGCGAAGUGCGCCCGCGAUGUCAUCCUCAAAUGCGACGGGCCCUCUGCUGCCAAAUUUUGGGAACUAAAUAAAUGUCAUAGAGAGCGAACAAUCACCAAGAACGAGAAAAUGGCUAUGUGGGGUACCUUCAUCACCGAGCGGCUGAAACGUCCUGAGGUCAUGGCACUCUGUCAGGCGAAGGCACAGGAAUACAAUAGUCGAACUGUUAAAACAGUAUCUCCUGCCCCUCAUAGCCUUAUACGUGGUGAUCUUUCCUCUCAGACUGAUUUAGUUGGGAUCGGUACAGGCGUGUAUUCGGGCGACCUUUCUUCACCAGCACUGCCUGCAAGCUCGCGUGAUUUGAGAUCGCCUUCGCCGCCUGUUGAUCUGUUCGGCUGGCCUCACAAUCGAGGGCCAGCCCUCGUAGAUUGGGAAGAUGACUUUAUGUUUUCAUGCAGCCAAGUUCUCGGCGAAAUUGGUUUUGUCUCUCCUCCAUUUGAAUAUGAGCUUAUCAUGAAUUGA